CGUGCCUUCGUCUUCUUUUUGUUCUUGUCCUUCUUUUCUUCUUCUUCUUUUCUUCUUCUUCUACUUCUUCUUCUUUUUUAACUUCUUUUUCUUCUUCUUGUUCUUGUUCUUCAUCCUCUACUUCUUCAUCCUCUACUUCUUCUUCUUCUACUCCUUGUUCGUCGAGGUGCUAGCCAUGGCGUCAACAAGCGGGACGAGCAGCGUAGCGGGGAAGGGAAAGGAGAAGGCGAAGGCGAAGGGCACUGCACCGCCAUUUGAAGCACAACCGGAACAACGACAGAAGGACUUGGAGCGGGACAAUGUCGUGUACCGGUGGAUAGAAAGGGGACAGGAAGCAGAACCGAAGGGACACGAGGAUGGAGAGAACGGGGAAGUCGACAAGAGCAAGGUGGACAACAUCGAGCAGCACUUGCAGCCACCUCCGGCACCUAGUCGGGAGGUGCGAACAAUGGAGGAAGAGAACGUGUGUGGGCCGCAGGAGCCAGAAGUCAGGACUCCUGUGCCGCCUUCUUGUGCGGGGUCUUCAUCUGCGGCGAAGUCCGUGAAGACCACACAGACGUCCAUCCGUCGGUGGACAGAGAACACUGCACAGAAGAGGUUGGACACGCAAUGGGGAAGGGCACUUUUUCGGUCUGGCGUGCCCUUCAAUUUCGUUCGCGUCGACGAGACGAAGGCCCUCCAUGACUUAUACAUGGAGUUAGGCAAAACGAAGGCGAAGGUCGAAAUGCCCACCUUCGACACAUUGCGAACCGUGAUUUUGGAUGCCGUGUACGAGGAUGUCAAAACAGCGGUGCAACCCCUGAUCGACGAGUGGGACAUCUCGGGAUGCACUCUGAUCACGGAUGGCACAACUGAUCGCAAGUGGUGGCCAGUUUUGAACUUCAUUGGCGCAGGGGCCAGUGGAGCUGUGUUGCUGAAGGUAGUCGACAUGUCCCAUAGGAAGUCCAACGCCGCUGCGAUUGCAAAGCUAUGGGAGGAGGUUAUCAGGGAGAUCGGGGUGCACAAGGUGAACGCAAUUUGCACGGACAACGCUCGCGUCAACAAACGAGCGGCGAGGAUCUUAUCACGGAGUACAGAUCCAGAUAUUGCGAAUCCCUUGGGUCCCGAGAAGAAGACACUGGUCAUGCCCACGGAGGUGAGGUUUGCGUCAACGUUUGAGAUGUUGAACAGAUUGCACGAUAGGCGGGGUGUGUUGGAGAAGAUGAUGGACAAGGGAUGGAAGAACAUCCAUUGGAGCUCGAGGGAACUUCGGGAAAAAGCGGACAAGAUCUACCACACUGUCCGAUCGAGUCGGUGGUGGGAGGAGGUAUAUCGGAUUGUCAUCCUUAUGCGGCCAGUCAGCGAGCUCCUCAGGCGGAUGGACCGCGAUGGUGUGGCACCUUCAUCUCUGUGGGGGUUUGACGAGAUUCUCCGAGGUCGCUUGCGGAGCAUCGGUGGCAUCACAAAGGAGCAGCAACAAGAGAUCAUGAAGAUUGUUAAUGACCGCUGCAAGAUGAUGAGGCAGCCGGUGCACGYWGCRAAUUUCUUGAUGUCCCCGACAAGAAGGGACCCGCGUUGGGUGUUGGACAAGAACACCCCCCUUGUUCACAACGCCAUUCAACAUCUGAUGUCGCAGCUCGGGGGAGACAGAUGGGAUUCAGAAGAAAGUCAUGUGAAUGUUUCGCAAAGUCUCUGGGCGUUCCAUCAAAAGCCACCGAAGGAGCUUUGUGAAAAGGAGCCCAUGUGGGACAGAUUUGGGGUGGCCGACUGCUCGUUGACGUGGAAGACAGCAUCGCCGUGGUGGUCGUCGUAUGGGGGGAAUCACCCGGAGCUGCAGAAGAUUGCCACAAGGGUGACGGCCAUGUGGAGCACAGCCACACCUUGCGAGAGGAGCUGGUCGUCGUUGGACCUUGUUCACACUAAGAGGAGGAACAACCUAUCGAGUGCAAGUUUGGCGAAGUUGGUUUAUGUCCACUGGAACAUGCAGCUCCAGUGCAUCCCCAAAAGCUUGAAGGAUGGGUUUGUGGAUGUUUGGGCAUCAUUCUUUGAUGAGCCAGAGGCUCCGUUACCGAAUGAUGAUCCGAUUCUCCCCGACCCUUUGGUGGAGGACGAGGAGCUGAGGAGGCAAUCCAACUUGAGGAAGACUCCGAAGGGGAGGAUUCCAGCUGGAGGGGGCUUGGAAGACUCGGACACGGAGUCAAGCGACGAAGAGAUCAUAUGGAGCAGAAAACCGCGCGAAACGAGAGCUUCACUGCCAAGAUCAGCAAAAGGGAAGGAUGUUGUUGACCUUUGCAAUGUUGAGUCGGAGGAGGACGACGAGGACGUGGACGAAGAUGGAGAUGGUGAAGAGGAGGACGCGGGAUAUGACCCUGACUUCGUUGACCUUCCACGAACACAUCACAACGACAAAAAAAACAAUGCGGCGUUUCAAGACGGGAGCGAUUUUGAGUGCUGGACCGCAGAGCAGCAGUCAUGUGCGCUGCCAUCAACCUCCCAUGACAAUGCUGACAGGGCUGCAACAAAAGCCUUGGCAGAGGGACGAGACCAGCUUCUUGUGCAACAACGCAUUCGGGAGGAAGAAGCGCGUCGUGAGGCUGCCCCCUUUCGUUCGAGAGCACGUCUUCCCCUACGACCACCGCCUGUACAAGACAUGCUUGUUGACGAGCAGCAGCAGCAGGAGCCGUCGCAGCAGCAGGAGAUGACGGCGCAGCAGCAGCAGGAGCAGGAUUUCAUUGCGCAGCAGCAGCAGCCCGUGCAGGUGGAGCAGCAGCAACCCGUGCGGGUGGAGCAGCAGCAACCGGUGCAUGUGGAGCAGCAGCACAAGCAAGUUGUCGAGUGUGAACAUUCGACGCAGGUGGACGCGCGGGAUAGAGGGGUGGAGGUCCAGCAACAAUCCGUCGUGCAGCAAGGACAGCCUGUCCAGCAGCAACAACAGCAACCUGUGCAGCAGCAGCAGCAGCAGCCUUUCCAGCAGCAGCACCAGCACCAGCAGCAAGAGCGGGAAGAACAUGCCCAGCAGCAGCUUGUGCAUCCCCAGCAGCAGCAGCAGAAUGUCGAGCAGCAGCAGCAGCAGCAGCAGCAGCAGCAGCAUGUCCAGCAGCAGCACCAGCAACAACCUGUCCCGGAGCAGCAGCAGCAGCAGCCUGUCGAGCAGCAACGGCAGCAGCAUGUCGAGCAGCAGCAACACCAGCAACAACCAGUCGAGCAGCAGCAGCAGCAGCCUGUCCAGCAGCAGCACCAGCACCAGCAGCAAGAGCGGGAAGAACAUGUCCAGCAGCAGCUUGUGCAUCCCCAACAGCAGUGAGCGGUCACCGCAGAGCAACGACA